AUGCAAGGGCUCGUGUUGCAUACAGACCGACCCAUCAAACAAACCACCGAUGAGCAAGGUGGUGGAAAUGCUGGAAGGGAGCCUUGGGUGUUGGGUCCUUACAAGUUCCACCCAAAUUCUUCUUGUCAUCACCCUCCAAGAUCACCAGUUCACUUAGUCCUCCUCGUCUACACUGGGACUCUAGAAGUGCCAAUUCCUUCGACCGAAAUGCUGCUUUCGGACAAGGAGAAUGGGUUCAUAGGCUUAACUGGGCAAAAGCCCACCAUUAAGUUUAGCUCACCAGAAGCAAAAGAAAAUCUACACCGUGACUAG